AUGGCGUCCCGCCCGACCGUCUCUAUCGCCUCGGCUGAGGGCAAGCCCACUGGGGCUUCGUAUCCCCUGCCCUCUGUGUUCUCUGCUCCCAUCCGUCCGGAUAUUGUCCAGCAGGUGCACACCGGCAUGGCCAAGAACAAGAGACAGCCCUACGCCGUGAGCGAGAAGGCUGGUGAACAGACCUCUGCUGAGUCCUGGGGUACCGGCCGUGCUGUCGCUCGUAUCCCCCGUGUCUCUGGUGGUGGUACUCACCGUGCCGGUCAGGCUGCCUUCGGUAACCAGUGCCGCUCGGGUCGUAUGUUCGCUCCCACCAAGGUCUGGCGCAAGUGGCACCAGAAGAUCAACCUGAACCAGAAGCGCUUCGCUACCGCUUCGGCUCUGGCUGCUUCUUCCUCGCCCGCCCUCCUCUUCGCCCGCGGCCACCGCGUCGCCAACGUCCCCGAGGUUCCCCUCGUUGUGGACUCGAAGACCUUCCAGGGUGGCGCUUUCAACAAGACCAAGGCCGCCAUCGCCCUCCUCCAGGCUCUGGGUGCCGGUGACGAGCUCGUCAAGGUCCAGAAGUCGCGCAAGAUCCGCGCUGGUAAGGGUAAGCUCCGUAACCGCCGCUUCCGCCAGCGCCGCGGUCCUCUGGUCAUCCACAACCCCGAGACCGACGGCAAGGAGCUCGUCCGCGCCUUCCGCAAUGUCCCCGGUGUUGAGACCUCGUCCGUCUUCGCCCUCAACCUCCUCCAGCUCGCCCCCGGUGGCCACCUCGGCCGCUUCGUCGUCUGGACCUCCUCUGCCUUCGAGGCCCUGGACAAGGUUUACGGCACCACCACCAGCCCCUCGGCCCUCAAGCGGGACUUCCUCCUGCCCUCGAACCUGGUUGCCAACGCCGACCUGGCCCGCCUGAUCAACUCGUCCGAAAUCCAGUCCGUCGUGCGCGCCCCCAAGGGCGAGGCCCGCACCAAGCGUGGCGUUGUCCAGAAGAAGAACCCGCUCCGCAACAAGCAGGUCAUGCUCCGCCUCAACCCCUACGCCGCUGCCUACUCCAAGCAGAAGCUCGGCCAGAAGGGUGUCGAGUCCGGCAAGCCUGGCCAGGCUUCCGAGACUUUCUUCAACACUCUGUACGAGAACUAA